CACUUGAUCCUUUAAUUUUUUCCUUGAAAUUUUCUUUGGAGGGGGCGUGUCCUGAUUACUUUCUCUCAGCUUAUUAUUAUUAUUAUUAUUAUUAUUAUUAUUACACACAAACACUACGCGUAGUCUACCUGAUGAAAUGGUGAAUUAUUAAUAUUUUUAAAUAUAUAUAUAUAUAUAAUAAACAAUGAUUUAGAUUUUUUUCAGUGUAUAUUUUAUAGAAGUGAGACGAGAUAAACAAAUUAAAACUGUAAAUAAGUGAUAAUAUGACUGGCGUUUCUGUGCGUGAUGUUAAUUCUGAUGUUUUAACGAAGCGCCCCGCGUGCCCCUCGCGCGCACUGUUCACUUCCGCUCUGCCGCGCUGUUCACUUCCGGCUCGGAUCAAGCAGCCCAGCUACAAUCUCGCCGUGAAAUCUCUCUCACACACACACACACAUCACAACAAGGAAACGAUGCUUCAGCUUUAAACGCUCCGAUCAAGCCGCGCGCGCGCACGCACCUGAGCGUUAACGGUAGAUGAUCGGCACAGCGCGAGCUCUAGGGGAUCUUCCUGGCCAUGCACACUUCGCUCUUUUGACUGAACAGGAGCGCAGUUUAAGUCCAAAAUGCCCGACUGCUGCGCCGCAGCCGAGUGUAAGCAGAGCUCCGAGCAGCACGUCACCUUCUUCAGGUUUCCUCUGGACCCCGAGCGAUGUAAACAGUGGGUGGGGAACUGUCGCAGACCGGACCUGCAGACUAAAACGGCCGAGUACUUGCACCGAAAUUUUAAGCUGUGCUCGAGACACUUUGAGGCGUCUCUGAUACAGAAGGAAAGUGAACUUAAGACUGUUUUAAAGGACGGAGCCGUCCCAACUAUAUUCGACUUCACGACCAAGAAGGGCAAUGCACAGAACAGCAACAGGAAAAGAAAGAUACAAGCUACCACAGUCGAUGUUGCAGAAACAAAAAAGGUGAAAGAUGAGUUGGAGCCGGUGGCACAAAAUGUGACAGAAGACUCGAUAGAGAAUGCUGUGCAAGAGGAGCCUACGCUGGUCAGACCAGAGAAGGAGGAUCCUGCUACGUCCAAAGCCAAGGAAGUCCUGAAGAUCCACUUUAAGGAGACGUUAGCGUUCACCGGCUUCAGCAUCGUCAACAAUGUCAUUGGUGGUGCUGCGAAGACGAUGGGGGGCGGAGCCGUCGGGCCGCUCACGGUCGACCCUGUCUGUGCGGAAAAGAUCGACCCGAAAGACGUGCUGAGACUCGGAGAGGACGUGAUGCGCGAGGAGAUCCGCAACACUUUGCGCAUGGCUCGCUUCUUCUCCAUUCUUCUCCAGGACAAGACGAACAUCGAAGGCAAGGAUCAGAUCCCCGUGUUCAUCCGCUCCGUCAGCAACGACGGGUUUCCCCAGAAGCACCUGCUGGGGUUCCUGCCAUGCGACGUGGAUUCGGACAGCCUGUACCUCAUGCUUGUGUCCGAGAUCCGCAACAAGUGGGGACUCCGAAUGGAGCACUGUCGAGGGUUCACGUACCUGACGACGGGUGGCUUGUGUCAGAAGCUGAAAGAGUUCUCGUGUCGGAUGCUCCGGGAUUUCCCGCAGGUUGUCCUGGCUCCUAGCGACCCUUACGCUUUCAACAUGUGGCUGAUCCGCUCCUUGCCCGUCCUUUCCGUGCAGCACGUGGUUGACACCGUGGAGGAGGUGGCUGCCGUCCUGAGACAGUCUGAGACGCUUAUGAAAAAACUGCUCACUAAGAUCACAGCAGCGUACAGUCACAUCAAAGGCGAGGUGGAUCGCGUCAAGGAGUCUUGCCAGAACAAUUGGGAAUUCGGCACGGAUGCCUUCCAGACGAUGCUGGACAUCCUGGAGCCUCUCCUGAACAGCAUCGGAGAGAUGUGCACCAGUGCGCUCUCGGAGGUGGACGCGACCGUCGUGGAACAGCUGCUCAAGCUCAAGGACAAGCUCAAGAACUUCAACUUCAUCAUCACCCUGGUGAUCCUCAAGAACACCCUGUGCUGCGUGAGCAUCCUGAACCCGAGCCUGAGGGGGAUCAUCAGCAUCAGCAGCACCUUGCAAUACACUAUCUCCAAUGCCUUAAAGCUGCUCAACAAACACCUGCAGGAAAUCCCUAUAUUCCACAGAAAGUGGUUCUCCGAUGCCGUGGGCCGGGCCAAAAAGCUGGGCGUGUCGGUCACUCUGCCGGCGGACACGGCCGCAAACGGCGACUCGGACGCCAAAGCGCCGGCCUCGCCGGAGGACUACUACAGGGAAACACUAAGCAAAAUGGUCCUGCAGUACCUCAUCGACGAGGUGAAGCGAGUCCUCGGUGUCGAGAUGGUCCGAAUCCUGAGAUGGCUGUCUCUAGUGCCGUCGUACAUGGCCGACCACAAUUUCAGCAUCCGCAAAGACAAGGUCGCCGAUGCCAACCUGAACAACCUGGCCCGCCCGGACUCCUUCUACGAUGAGCUCGGCUGCUGGGAAGUCAAGUGGAGGCACGCGAGCAAGCGCAGGAUCCUGCCCACCGGCGUCUUCGCCACCUUAAAGAUCCCUGAUAUCGGGUUCUAUCCCAACGUGCAGAGCCUGCUGAGAGUCCUGGGUUCGAUCCCUUGCAUCAACGCCGACGCAGACGUGUACGUGCAGUACGACAUGGUGCUGGACAGGUAUCGCUCCUACAUGAAGGUGAUGCCGGCAGAGAAAAGACAGUGCAACAUGGCAUUCAUUUACGUCAAUCAGGACGUGCACUUCAACAUCGACGACAUGGUGCAGUCGUACGCCGAAAGCCAUCCGGACAUACUGCAGCUGCUUUGUAAGGAUGAUGUAAUGGAAGUUCAACCUUCAGCAACUGAAAACAAUACAAAUGAUGCCUCAAAGGAAGAUCUGGAGGAACCGAGAGAAGUUAUUCUGGACAUGGAGUCGGAGAGGCCGAAACCAGCGGAGUGUUCGGGGACCGAUAAAGAGGCGUUAAAAUCGGCACUGAAAGCGGCGCUCACCGCAGCGUGCAAUAGCCAAAGCAGGGAGUUUCAGGGAGGCCCGGAGGGCGAGGUCGAAUAUGUGACCAAAUCCGAAAUGAACGAAGUUUUAAAAGUGUGCGAGGACGUCGUGCGAGACGGGAUCCUUUCCGAAGUGGGGAACUCUUUCUUCUCCCUGUUCAUCGAUCGAGCGGUGAAGUUUGGCGAAACAGAUUCCCUCCCGCUGUUCCUCAGGUUCGUGGACAGUUUUGAUGUCAUGCGCUUGGAACUGAUGGGGUUCGUGGAAGCGAACCUCGACACCGAGGCCAUGUGCGAGCGCCUUUUCGACAUCGUCACCAAAGAAUGGCGUCUCGAUUUAAAAUACUGCAGAGGUCAGGCUUACUUGGGUUCGGGUGAAAUCUCGUACAAGCUCAAGGCUUUUGCGUGCAAAGUUCAGGAGAAGUACCCUCUCGCGAUAUGCACCCACUGUUCCUGUUACUCUUUUAACACGUGGUGGUCCAGGUCAGUUCCGGUGCCCUCCAUCAGCAGAGCUCUAGACACACUUGAGAAGAUAGUGUUGUUUUUCGGCAGCUCGUCCGAACUUGAGAAACAGCUGGACCAAGUCAUAGCUGUUGGUCUGCGCGAGAGCUACGAGAAGAUCCACGAGUUUCAAGGGAACUUCUGUUCUUCUUGGCAGGAGAAGCACGACUCCUACGACGUCUUCUCUCAAAUACUGGAACCUCUAGUUGACUGUCUGGAGAGAUUCCAUAACAGCAGUCCACCGAUGUGGAGUUUAGCCGUGAUCAACCAAGCGAAGAAACUCCUGCAGCUGAUCCGAGACUUCGACUUCAUCGUGGCGAUAGUGGCGCUGAAGAACAUCUCGUCUUUCACCAGAGAACUGAGCGCAGCUCUGCAGAAAGACCAUUUCAGCGCCGCCUCGCAGCUCUGCCAGAUCAGCGGCAUCGUAGCCACGCUCAACCGACUCAAGACUAACAUAAAGGUGUUCCACCAAAAUUGGUUCGAUGAAGCAUGCGUCUUUGCUCAAUCCUUAGGCGUGCAGGUCAAAGUGCCCGAGAGCAUCCCGUGUCCUAGGGACAGCCUGCUAAAACCGGGCGGAUACUAUAAAGACGCCAUCAGCGUCCCUUUAGUCGACCACAUAAUCAACUCAGUCAAGGACCAUUUCUCCGACGACCACAAAGAGGCUCUGAACUUCUUAUCUCUGGUCCCGUGCUCUGUAACCAUGAGCUACACUUUCGAAAGUCUAAAGUCGAAGCCUCCGCUGUUCGUCGGUGACCUUCCGGAUCCCGACAACUUCUUCACCGAGCUUUCUUGCUGGAAGGUGAAGUGGAAAACCAAAGUGGUUUCCCCGACCAUACCGGACACUAUUUUUCAGACUCUCCGCCUGCCGCUCAUGCAGUAUUUCGCCAACAUUAACACGUUGCUGAAGAUCAUGUCCGUGUUACCGAGUACCCCGCUGGAGCAUUGCGGGGAGGUGAAGCGCCAUAAAAUGUUUCAGGACUACCUGAAGACCACAUACGCGAAGGACAGGACUCCGUGUUUGGCCGUGCUCCAGGUGGGCACGAACUUCGCCAGAGAUCUGGACAGGAUGGUGACGCAGUGUUUGAAAGUCACGCCAAAAACGCUGGAAGGCAUCUGUCUGGACAAAGAAGCAAAAACUCUGAGGAAUUCUGAGACAAAAGCAGAAGACAACCACAACGACGAGGAGAUGGAGGUUCAACAGGAGAGAUCGGCUAAGAAACUCCCAGACUUUAACGAGUUAAAAGCAGAGGGUAACCGCAUGGCUGCUUCCAACAAAAUUGAGACCCAGCCGGUUCCUGAAGUUGCUCCUGCUGUAGAUCUGGAGGGACAGCAAGCGAAGCCUUUGGAUGAGAACGGUCACUCUGACCAGCCUGCAGACGGUCUUCAGAGGGUCUUCAUGGUGGCGGCCAGACUGGCCCGGAAAAAACGCCUGUUCUUGGACCUCCCCAAGGAACAGCAAGAUGUUGUCGUGCAAGAGCUUGGUGUGUGUCACUGGGACCUGGAGAACUUGAAGCGUUUAUCGGACACGGAUAUGCUAGAGAGUAUCGUGAAGUCGAUGAGAGAAACGAUCCUCUCGGAAGUUCAAGAAUCCCCGUUUUUUUCCAUCAUUACCGACAAGGUGGUGUCUGUGGAUGACCAGAAGUACGUUCCUGUGUUUGUCCGGUACGUGGACAGUUUCACCCCCAAAGUGGAGCUUUUAGGGUUUCUGCCCUUGGACUCGAGUUCUGAUCCAGAUACCCAAGCUAAGACUCUCUCAGGCAUCCUCUCAGAGGAGUGGGGACUCCAAAUGGGAUGCUGUCGUGCCCAGUCCUUUAUGUGCAUGGGUGCUGGGGGUCAAUGUCUGAGAAAGCUAUCCUUAGGAUUCUUGGAGAGCUUUCCCCUCGCUGUGAACACACCCAGUGAAUCCUGCGGACUUGCUUAUUGGCUGUCAGUAAGCCUUCAUAACGACCCCAUCGCGAAGGUGCUAGGCGUAGUCGAGGACCUGUUACUUUUCUUCGAUCAGUCGCCGAGACUGCACGUCGAGCUUUCUCAGACGAGGGAAGGUCUCUUGAACACUCCUCGGGAAGCCCUCGCCGAGGUCCCAGAAACGUGUUUGUCGAAGUGGAAAAAGACGGAGGAUUUCUUUGACAUUCUGGUGGACAUGCUGGAGGGAGUCCUGAGUUGCCUCGACUCUGUUAGCGACAACGCCGACGGCUCGUGGAGUAACAGCAUGUCGAUACCUGCGCUGAUGCUCUCCACAGCCAUUAGGGAAUCGGACUUUGUCAUUUCCCUUGUAAUCCUUAAGAACGCCUGCGCUCCGCUGCGGAACUGCAGCACGGUGUUCCGCUGCGGCAACCCGGCCGAUAUCAUCUGCGAGCUGGAGAAGAUCCCUGUUAUAAUAGAGUCCCUCGUUAAGAUGUUGGAGAACAUCACUGUUGUGCACUGUACCUGGUUCGAGGAGGCAACCCAGCUCGCUGCCAAAGUUGCCGGGGCGCUCUCGUAUCCAGACAUGGUCUACAGCUAUGAGUCUCCGGAGGUAGGCUACAGAGAGACGGUCAGCGUGCCUGUCUUGAGCGGUCUGAUCGAGGAAAUGAAGUUUAACUUUUCGGAGCGUCACCUGAAAGCCCUCCGGGUCCUUUCUCUGCUUCCCACAUGCAAUCCUCUGCCCAUUCUCCCAGAGGCACCAGAGAAGCUCUACACCAUCUACCAAAGUGAUCUACCUGAGCCAGACUCGGCAGAGGAAGAGAUAAAUGCGUGGUCCACUGUCUGGUUAGAGAAGUAUCAAGACAGCUCGCUGCCCACCUCGAUCUCGGAGACUCUGCACCACCCUGAAGCUAAGGGUCACCCUAACGUGACGACUCUUCUGAGACUCGUUGCUGUGCUGCCUAGCAUUAGCAUGGAGUGUGAUCUGAUGAAGACCACUCUGAACUCGUUGAGGAGCUUGAUCGGGAACGACUGCGGCGGCGCCAGCAAGACCAACACGGUAAUGCUUCUUAUGCAUCGUCCCAUGCUGCGGACUUUGGAGCAAGUCAUCGACAAAUGUAUGGAAAUUGACGCAAAGAGCCAUGGCUUUCUUUCUCCGGUGAAGGAGAGUCUCCGUGUUAUGAAAAUGGACAGCGACGCGGAUGAGGUUCCUUCAGAGGAAAAGGUCAAUACUACCACAUCUGAGGUUUCAGAGAUAACAAAUGGCACAGUUCCAAUCAUCGUACAAGACCAGCCCACAACUUCAGCUCAGUGCGACACUGGAGAGAUAAGCACUUCUGCCCUAGAUGGUACCACUGCAACUCCAAAGGAUAGUGCCAUGGAAAUAAAUGCUUCCAACGGACAAGCCGAGAUACGAGAACCUUCUCCCAUCAGCACCGCUGGUCAAUUAGCAGCUACGUAUCCAAACGAAACUGAAAUUAGUUCGUCCACAGUGAGUGCGUCGGACGACGCUCCAGAAGAACAGGAUGGUCCUAAAGAGCACAAGGCAACAGCCCAAGGUGUAACCGCAGAGCUACAAAAUGGAAAUGUGGAGCUUCUGUCUGAAGUGGCAGCCGAAAGUAUCACCACCGAGCCUGUUACAGCGUCCACGGAUAUCACCAUGGAGCUUGUAGAACCCGUUACAAAAUCCGAACCGGGAGGCCAGAGUGCAGAGCCAGUCGGCGCAGAACCAAUCGCAGUAGCGGAAGAUGCCACCACCGAAGGCACGGCAGUGGCACAGGAUGCCUCCACAAAGCCAGAAGUGGCGGCACAGGGCGUUGCUGUAGAGCCUGUAACGUCAGCACAGGAUGCUGUUCCAGAGCCGGGUAAAGCAGCUGUGGAUGUCUCCAUGGAGCUUAUAGAACCUGCAACCGAACUGGCAGCUCGGGUUUCCACCACAGAGCCUCUUGCAGCAUCCAACGACAUCCCAAAAGAGUCCGCGGUAGUGAUCGAGCCUGUUGGAGCAGACCAAGAUGUUACUGUGGAACACAAAGCAGCAGAACAAGGUGUCACAAGUUUGUCAGAUGUGGCAGCUGAGAGUGGCAUCAGAGAGCCUGUUGCAGACGCAGAGGAUGUCACUAAGAGUGUUACCACAGAAGCUGCAACCCAGGGUGUCGCUGCCAAGGAGCCGUCACCAGCAAUCCACGGGAUCAGUACGAACCCAAUCGCUGUACUCCCGGAGGUCACCAAUCAGCUUGUUGCAACUGGACAAGAUGCUACUACAAAGCACGAUGCCCAGGAAAUCACUAAACAACCUGGUGUGGAAGAAGUCCAAUGUGGAACGGCAGCACAGGGCUUCACCACAGAGCCUGUAACCUCACCCCAAAGCAUCACCAAGAAACCAGAUGCAGCAGAUGAGGAUAUCCCCAAAGAAUUUGCUCCAGCAAUAGCACAAUAUGACGUCAUCACUAACCCCUCAGCACCAGCCCAAGAUCAAGGAAUAGCAUCCGGAGACACAAUAACAGAACCCCAAAAAACUCAAGGUGUCGCCCCUAGUAAUGAACCCACAACAUCUCUGGAAGUGACUGGGAAACCUGUAACGUUACCUCAGAAUCCAGGCAGUGAGACCAACAUAGCUCAGGGUGUCACCUCUGUGACUGCAUCAGAAGCCCAGAAUCUUUCCAGAGCAGAAGUACAGGAUGUCACCACACAACCUGUAGCAACGGGACACGACGUCAGCUUGGACGACCAGAGUGUCUCCAAAGAACCAAUAACAGCAUCCCCGGCUGCCACGAAUCCCUCGGCAACAGUGCAGAGUGGGGAGUCUGUUACAGCCCCGCCCCCUGCUGAGUCCAUAUCCAAGCAAGAGGUCACCACGAAGAGCGAGCCGGCAGCAGAGGAUGUUGCUAUGGACACCACCGAAGCAGAUCAGGGUGUUUCCUUACCACCCGCAGUAACAGCCGAGGGUAUUGUUCCUACAGAAUCGACAGCAGAGCAUGUCCCUAUGGAGCUUGAUGCGGCGUCAGAAAAAAUGACGACAGAACCCGCAGAAACGGUCCAAGAUGUUGUGAUGGAGAGCCCAGAUGAAUCUGAAAAAGUGGCUCGGGAUGUCACCAUGGAACCUAUGGCAGAAAUCCAGGAUGUCCCCAUGGGUCCCUCUGUAGAAACUGAAGAUACUGACCUAAAGACUGGUGUUCAAAGUAAGGUCACGGCAUCUCCUCAGAAUGGGACUUGCGAGUCCAAAACACCUGCUUCGGAUGGCGUAGACGAGGCCGAAUCUGCCAACGAAGUCGGUGCUGUCCAGACUACCGCAGCAAUAAAGGAUUCCACAAGCGAUUCGAACAACUCUACAGCAGCCGAGGUCAAGCACACAACUGUCCAAGAUGAUCCCGAGCAAUCCUAUGCAAUAGCUCAAGAUGGCACAGAUCCCUCCAGAGCAGUAGCACAAGCAGCGGAUGAAGACGUCACUGAACCCCACAAGGGGGUCUUGUCGUUCUACAGCACCCCUGCUCAAGAGGCAUUUUUCAGCGAAAUUCAAAGUGCAAAGUUCUUUUCUAUUAUAUGUGAACAGCAAAUAGAGAUAGAAGGACAUACGUAUAUCCCCGUAGGGAUCUGUUACCUGGAGAAACGCAAGACGCCGUGCGAGGACGUGCUGGCUUACGUCCCGCUUGACCAAGACAUUGCCGUCUUUGUGGAUACCAUGACUGCGGCUCUGUCCGAGAAGUGGGGUUUGAACUUGGCCUUCUGUCGGGGGCAAAGCGUGCUGACUGUAGGGGCGGCGGGUGCACAGGUGAGAGCAGCGGCAGCGUUGUUGGCUCAGAAGUACCCGCACGCUGUCCGAACUUUCAGCUCCUCGGUGUCCCUGAACACGUGGCUGGCCAAAUCGUGUAUCGUCUCCGAGAUAGCCGACAGCUACACGUGGGUGGAGAGGAUGCUCCAGUGGGUGACGGAGGAUGAAGAGAAACGGGCCGUGUUACACAAAAUGGUCGCGUCCCUGUACCAAAACGAUGCUGUGAAGCACAGUGACCUGACCGACAGGCUGAGCAGAAGCCAAUGGGAGAGGAGCCACGACACUCUGGAUCUUACCGUCGAAGUCCUGGAAGCCAUCAUGCUCAGUUUGAACGACAUAAAGGAAAACCAUGAUGUCCAGGCGGAAAGGACGCAGGCCGGUGACUUCCUCAUCAUCCUGCAGAACUUCGAGUUCAUCUUGACGCUCGUGAUCAUGAAAAACGUCCUGGGUCCGACAAAACGUUUAAGCCAGAAUCUCCAGGGCCAACCUCUGGACGUGUACGGAGCUCUGAACGGUCUGUCCGAAGUACUCGCUUCACUGAGCGAUAUUAAGACCAACAUCGACGUGCACCUUCAAAGCUGGUACCAAGAAGCAGUGGCUUUCGCCUCCAGGUUACAGAUCAGUGUCGACCUCACUUCACAAGAGUGCUUGAUCAUUUACUGUAGAGAUAUUGUUAGCAAAGGAGCGAUCGAUCACUCCGUUUGCGAGAUCGCCGAGCUUUGCUCGGCCCGCACUCUGUCGGCCGUGCGCUGCAUGCAGGUCGUGCCUUAUGUCAUAUCCGAGACGAAAGGAUGCUGCACAGACCCUGACCUUUUCAAGGCGUACCAGGACGAUCUACCGGACUCGAGCUCUCUGCAGGAGGAGCUUCUAAAGUGGCGGGAGAAGUGGUCGGACGUCGACGCCGCUCGACAGCCCGUUCCCGCCGGUCUUCUAGACACGCUCAGUGCCGCGGACGCCGAGUCGUUCCCCAACAUCGAGACACUUCUCAGGCUGCUCGUGGUCAUGCCUUGCUUCAGAAAAGAGGAUUUGAUCAGACAGGGAAAGAAGAGUCUUGUCGAGUUCAACCAACAGAGAUCAUUACUCGAGCUGUAUCCUUUAUAGAGUGCUAACUGCCCCCUAAAACUAGUUUUCCAUUAAUUAGGGUGUCGUAUACAGUGUGUUACUCGCUCUGUAUUCCUGGUUACAGCUGAUCAAAUCUGAGCGUAGGUUUCAGUAGGGUGUUUUUUUUUUUUUUUUUUUUUAAAUUAGAGAUCUAAUUAGAACUGUACACUUUUAGUAUAAUCUGAUUGUUUUAUUAUUUUUUUUGUUUUGUUGUCUUAUUUUUAUCUUGUGUGUGAUGUGGACUAAGAAAGAGGACUGCCUACAGGGACCAAUGUCUUGCCAAAAAAUAAGCGGGGGGAAAAAAGAAGGAAGGAGAAAAAAAACAACGCCCUAGCCGGGGCUCUAAUGCUUUUGUGCCUUUAUGCAAAACCUUACCCUGACUCUUGGAACAUAAGGACUAAGUUUGUCUGCAAGAACGCUUUCAAGCCAAGCUUUUUGGAAGCUUCCGAGCAUCUUCAGGAACUUUUACGAUUUCUUUUUUUUUUUUUUUAAAUCAUUGAAUCCUGUAAAAAGAACUAACAAUCCAGAUGUGUUCGAUCCAGUUACACUCAUUUAGUCAGAUAACCUGUGGGUUUUCGAAUCACCUGAAUCAUGUCACGGUCAUCCACAUGGCACAGAUGCUGAAAUGCUUACGUUCCAUUGUGUGUCAAAAACAAGUUUCAUUUGUUUGCAGUUUGACUUGGAUGCAUUGGUUUCUGUAAACACUUUCUCCCAAAAAUCCUUCUCAUGGAAAGAAGGAUUCAAAUAUAUAUAUUUGACUAAAAUAAAUAAAAACGAUUUAAAUGAAACCUCUUUCUCCACACUUUAAUUCUGAGUCUAAGACUGUGGCUGCAGCGUCGGAAAAUGUCCACCAGAGGGCGGUGUUGGCUUGGUGUCGUGGCUUUGGGAAGUGAUUCGUCGCCUUCUUGCCAAUCUGAAGUGUCUCUCCUGUCUUUGGUUUACUUUGAAAACGUGUGUAAUAAUUAGUAAAAGUUAAUUUGAGGAUAACGUUCGGUUCGUUGUUUGAAAUUAUCCUAUUGUCUGUGUUUCCGACCUCGAAUGCAGGGUUGUGCCGUACUGUUUUUGUCACAAAUCGCAAAAUAAUUAUUUGGCCACAAGAUAAAAAUUGACAGUCUCGAGUCCUGUAGUCUAACGUAUUCACCGAAGACAAACCGGUUGAGGGAGUGUCUGAAAUUUUGGAGCAAAGUUACAUCACCUAAUCGCAUUGUUGGUCUAUCGCAAGAGAAUCUUCAAGACUUUCCUUUUCUAUUUUUUAAUCUAUGCAAAAUGACGUUAAGGAAACGUUCAUGUAACUUGUUCGGAAGGAGUCUCCGGUGUCGGCGCUUUGUGACAGUCGGAGGUAAAGCUGUAACUUUACGUUUGCAACAUCUUCACUGCGGUAACAUGACAAGUGACGAGCUGCAUUUGUUUAUUUAUUUGUUUAUUUUAUUUUUUUAUCUUACUAAUGUUGAGAGAGAGAGAGAGAAUGAAGAGCGGGUGGUGAGGAAACGAGUGUUUAUAGCUGCUGAAACGUAAGCGUGAACAGGAACGGACUCGUUUUGCAGACUUUCCAACAUUAAAUAUAACAAUAAAUGGUUAACAAUAACUAUGGCGAACGAACUUGUAAUCGUUGGUAAGUUGCUGUGGGGUAAGCGGAUGAAGACACUUUGGGACGUUACGUCAUCGUGAAAUAAUCAACGCUGAGAUAGAAACGAUAGACAUCAUAAUUAAUCGGCUCCUUUUGUGCACAAAUCAGACAUUGCAGAGCAUUGUGGUGUUUGGCAGCAGCUCGGGAACAGCGUACAUCGCUUCUCUACCAGCUUUUGUAGUGUAUUAUGGGUCUAAAAUAGUGUUCUAGAUAUUCUCCAGCGUUUUCAGACUGCGUUAUUGAUGUCGCAUCCUGAAAGCGAUGCACGUGCUGGUGAAUACAGCGUAGCCUGAGACGCGUCUUAUCGAAACAGACAAUGCUUUCUUCAAGAUAAAGUUUCGCAAGAGGGCACUGGGAAACGCUUCAAAACAAAUUCCAGCACCUUCUUACGAGGACAUAAGGUCUCAUGAGGUCAAGUUAAAUUGUUUGCUUUAAAAGUAAUAUAUGGAGCGCUGAAACAGCUGAUCGUUCGGUUCUUCAUGGUGUCAGGGUGGGGUUUUUAUUUUAUUCCUCCAUUUUACAUCCUGAAUGCUUUAUUUGUUCUUCUAUUAAAACAACAAAAAAAAAAACACUGGCAUAAAUCCUACGUUACUCCACCACUUCCUACCACAGUCGUCUCUAUUCAUGCUCUGGGUUAAACAAAGUUAAUCAUUAAUCCUUUUACUCUGGAGGCUUGUUUAGUUUUUUUGUCCUCUUGCCUUUUAAACAGCGGGCAUGGUUCGCUGUAGCAUGUUGAUGAUUUGCAGGACGACUCUGUGUGUGUGUG